CAUUUUUUUUUUCCUGAAAACAAGUUGAAAUUUUGCAAAAAAUAUGGAAAAUUCUACUAAAAAAUUUAGAAUCAUGGUGAAAAGAAUGAACAUUAAGCCGCAUGAUGGACCAGCUCGUGACUUCAAUGUGGAAGAGGCGAGGACGUCGACGUCGUCAAAAAAGUCAUCUCGUCGAUCUUCUCUUACAGAAGAGCAUAAGAAAACAAUUAUAGAUUUCGAGAAGGAAUUCCGCGUGCUUUUGAUGAACCUCAAGGCCUCGCACACGUUGUGGCAGGAAGUGUCUGGAAAACUGAACGCCAUCGAGUUGGGGAAGGUUAAUCGCGAGCCCUCGCAAUGGAGGGCUUCCAUUCUUAACUGGCGAAAGCGCGUAAUGGGCAAGACUGGGGAAAAGGAGAAUAUGCGGCCUAUUGACACUGCUGCCAAGAAGCAUUGGGAAGAACCUUGCUAAUUUAACACCUUACUGGCUAGCAUCAAUGGAUUGGCGUCUUUCAACUUUAAAUAUGCAGCUUGAAAUAAAUAUUUACAAGAUGUUAUUUUUGUUGUGCUAAUAAAAAUAUUCAUGCCACUAGCCUCAGAUGCUGCCUGUGCCAAUUGCUAUA